CCUCUCCUCUCCUCUCGCCGCCACCUCCUCUGGCUCUGCUCUCCAGGCGAACUCUCCAGAAGCUUCUGGAACACUCAACCCUCCCCCAUCCACAUCCAUGGCGGACGCCACCGCCGCCCUCUCAGCUCGGAGCAAGGUGCAAGCUUUCCUCGAAGCGGCGCGCGCCGGCGACCUCGCCUCCCUCAAGAAGCUUGCUGCGGCGCUCGACGAGGAGGGCAAGGGCGCCGCCGCCGUCGCCGCCGCCGUCAAGGACGCCAACAAGCGCACCGCCCUCCACUUCGCCGCCCGCGAGGGCUGCACCGACGUGUGUCGCUUCCUCAUCGCCGACCUCGGCCUCCCUGUCGACCCCAAGGACGAUGAUGGUGAAACUCCACUCAUCCAUGCUACGCGCCAAGGCCGUCUGCAAACUGUAACCUAUCUGCUCGAACAUGGAGCCGAUCCUUCCAUUGCAUCUAGCCUCGGAGCCACUGCCCUGCACCAUGCUGCGGGGAUAGGGAACCUGGACCUUAUGAAGCUGAUUAUAUCUAAGGGAGUUGAUGUCGAAUCAGAAAGCGAUGCUGGUACACCCCUUAUAUGGGCUGCUGGUCAUGCGCAACGAGAGGCAGUCGAACUUUUGCUUCAACACAAUGCAAAGCCAAAUACUGAAACCGAUGAUGGUAUUACACCUUUAUUGUCUGCUGUUGCAGCGGGUUCCCUCCCAUGCUUGCAGGUUCUAAUCCAGGCAGGUGCAGACCCAAAUAUCAGAGCUGGUGGAGCAACCCCAUUGCAUAUUGCUGCAGAUGGUGGAAAUGUGGAAAUAAUAAAUUGUUUGCUUAAAGCUGGAGGUGACCCCAAUGCAUGUGAUGAUGAGGGACUAAAGCCAAUACAGGUUGCUGCUUUGAGGAAUAAUCGUGAAGUUGUGGAACUUCUUUUACCUUUGACAUCUCCAAUUCCAGAUGUUUCGAAUUGGAGCAUUGAUGGAGUUAUAGAAUACACUAAAUCAGUUGAGGAAAAGACACAAGUAAAGGAAGCGACAACUCAGAAAACAGACAGAUUACAAACACCACAGCUUGUUGAGGUGUCCUCUGAGGCAAAAGGGAGAUCCUUGGAGGCAAAAUCGAGAGGUGAUGAUGCCUUCAGAAAUAAAGACUACCUAGUAGCAGUGGAUGCCUACACACAGGCUAUUGAGUUGAAUCCGAACGAUGCUACGUUGUAUUCGAACAGAAGCCUUUGCUGGCUGCGGGCAGGGCAAGCUGAACGUGCCCUGGAGGAUGCAAGAGCAUGCCGAGCGCUGAGGCCAGACUGGGCAAAAGCUUGCUACAGGGAAGGCGCAGCCCUUCGCCUGCUGCAGAGGUUUGAGGAAGCCGCAAACGCCUUCUACGAAGGGGUGCAGCUUGAGCCAGAGAACACUGAGCUUGUGAGCGCGUUCAGGGAGGCCGUUGAAGCCGGGAGGAAAUUCCAUGGAACGGACAAGCAGAACGCAAACGAGGCAGAUGCAACAGUUUGAUCGAUAUGAUAUAUGCUGGAGUGGCUAGACCUAAGGAUGACGAGGAAUCACUGAAUCCGUACCACUUGACUAGUUUGGCGAAGGAACGAAGCAACUGACAUCUUAAUACCAUGUGAUGUUGCUACGGAGUACAUUAUCAAUAUCAUUUAUCAGAUUCAAUUCCGUUUAUCUGUCGUGGCUGGUUCUCGAUUGUAUUUUUAAACUGUAAAGUCAUAUCCUUUAGCAUCUCUAUAUCAAAGCUACGCCAUUGAGAAUGAAUGCAUAACAAAUUUAUGUUGCCUCACCCAUCCUAGGAACUCUUCCAAUGCGAGGAGACAAUGGAUAGCAUCACGCAAGACAACAAUUGAUGUUAACUGCAAUUGUAUACAUUUUUGAGACAGGAUCUAAUUAAUCAAA